CGGCCUCUGCCAGCACUGUCGAGAAACUCGCCGGGUUGCUAUCCGAUAAUCAGAACAAGACUGGGAUUUUUGGUCUCUCAAACUCGGACAUAAAUGACCUGAGCAUGUCAUCCCCGCGCGGAACGCUGCCACUGCAGCAUUCAGUGCCACUCAUCGUCAAUGUUCUCGCCAUGCAGUCAUCUUUUUUGCGCUCUGAAGGGCCUCUUCGAAUCCACAGCUUUGAUUCGGACGGCAGUUCCAUAUAUGUUAGUCCCCCUGCUCAAACGGUCUAUCCGUACUUCACAGUGGCAGAUACUCCUUCUGCUAAGAGUGCGGGCCAGUUUAACCACGCAAGUCUCACCAGACUUCUUCCACCUCAAACAUGUCAAAUUGUCUUUUAUCACAUCUGUAACCUUGAUAUGGUCGCCAACGAGGGAUUGAAGAAUGAUACCCAUAUUUCAUGGUAAAGACGGUAAGGACGGUAAGGACUGAAGGCAAUACAUUAUUAUGUACAAC